CUUCUAUCUGUCAAGUUUAUUGUGUUUUUAUUUGCAUUUACCACACAACUGAAAUAGUGAUGUGUUCAAACUUAUGAAUAAAUAAGCCAUAUUCUAAUAGUGUCUAAUAUUGGUUAGAAAAAGAAUUGCUUGUGCGCCAUAUUAUAUGAGAUAUCUUAUUAUUGUUAUUUCGUUAUUCACUCGAAUGGUACAGGUGGUGCCAAAUCAACAUAGUGAAUAGAAUAGGAUAAAUGUAAUUACUGUUAAGCAGUAGUUCUCAGUAUGAAAAACCCGGUUUUCGCAAACGUGUAUGUAGAUUACUGGGACGAUCAUGAGGUAUCAGAUUGCAUCCAUUUCUUGACUAAAGUUUUUCCUUUUAUGAGCAAUAAAUUGAAUAAUAAUUGGAAAUGCCCCAUAUAUUCUUCAAGAUUGAAUAUAGUAUUUUUAUCAAAAUUCACAGAUGUAAACAGAGAACUACUAUUGCCAUUAAAUUUUAAUAAAAAAACAGAUAUAUCUCGAGGAAAUAUUAAAUUCACUGCCACUGCAAUCAAUUCAAAACAAUUUACGGGGCAUGUUAUUUAUCAUUUUGAAUGUAUGAGAAAACGUUAUAUGUAUUUUGGCAAUACCUGCCUUUCUCCUGUUCUAUUGAGAGAUCUAGAAAUUUUAUUCAAAGAUAAUAUAAUAGACAUUCUGUAUCUAGAUUCAACAUAUCUUCAAGUAUCUCAAUAUUUUUCUUUGGAAAGUGCAACUAGAGAAAUCAUUAAAUUAUUGGGGUGUAGUAACAAUAAUAUAAUAAUGGCUUUGCGACCUUUAGAGAUGGAAGACUUAUUGGUAAAUAUUGCAUCGAAAGGCUAUUCUGUACAUAUUGGACCAAGGCGUCUACAAUUAUUAGAACUGCAAGGUGCAAAUGUUUUUUUCACCAGCUCAAAAGAUGUUAAUUUGAGAAUUGUUGAUAAAGAACAUUGUGAAGACAUUGAUAGAUGUUACAGACGCAGUAUAGAAAAGAAGAUUCUAACAAUUAUUCCAUCAGCACUUUAUACAAUAAAUGAGGCAGAAGAAUUGAAAAAGGUUGGAGUCCAAAUUAUAUGUUAUGCUGAUGCCAUUACUUCAACAGAUUUUCGCAACUUAUUGAAGGUAAUCAAGAUUAAGCAAUUAGUCGGCAUUGAUGAAAAAUGUGACCAAAUCUUUCUCAAUAAUUUUUUGAAAUGCACUUUAUCAAGCAUCAGUUCAAACAACUUAUUUAUGCCCUCAAUGAAUGCUGGCACAGAUUUUGAAGAUAGAGAGGAAAAAGAUCAUUCUUUGGCACCAAAUGAUGUUCAAUAUAAUAGUGAAAAUUUUAAUAAUAGUAUAUCUUCACCAUCUGAAAUGUUUAUUCCACAAGUGCCAUUAAAAAAGACAUUAUUUUCAAAGAACAAAAAUAUUGAUCACUUAUAUACCAAUACACAAGAUGCAUUUAUACCUUUGGCUUCUAGUUCACAAAGACUUUCAGAUUCAAUCCGUACCGGUGAUGUGCAUGUGGAUGGUAGUGAAUUAUUAGCACCAUCUGCACCAUCAUCAAUAUCAAAGCCAUUGGGGAAUAUAGUUACAUCACAAAAUAACAUGAACAGAUUUGUAAAGGAUUAUGUGAAUGAUGUGCGCAACCAUAAAAAUAAAUUGAAUAGGUUACAUCUGGUGAAUCUGUUUGCCGGAAAUUCAAUGAAUCGUACAGCUAGCAUAUCAAAAAGUAAGCAUCUGGUAGAAAAAUGUGUCCAAACAGAUGCAAUGAUUGAAGAUACGCAUUUUACUAAAGAUGAACUAAAUGGUGAUACAAAUAAAUUCAAUAACCAAGAGAGUCUUUUGAAUUAUCAUAAGAAAAACGCAGAAUACAGUAAAUUAGAUGGGUCUCUUAUAGAUAUAGUUAUUUCAAGCACAGAGUCUGAAUCCAGUAGCGAAGAAAGUGUAAUACAAAAUAUAUCAACAGAACUUAUUAUGGUACAUGAGGCAUCCCAUGUAACAACUUCUUCAAAUAAAUUACAAGAAAGUAUGACGAUAUCCAAAGAUGUUUCUCAUACAAAUAAAGAUAUAUUGGAAACAGAAAAUGCAAUGAUUGAAAAUGAACAUUCUACUAAAGCUAAACUAAAUGGCAAAAAAAAUAAAUUAAAUAAUCAAAACCCAUUAAAAUGUCACAAGCAAAAUGCAGACGACAGUAAAUUAGAUGGGUCUCUUAUGGACAUAGUUAUAUCAUGUUCAGAGCCUGAAUCUAGUAGUGACGAAAGCAUAAUACCAAAUAUAUCAACAGAACUUAUUAUGGUACAUGAAACGUUUCAUGCUAAAACUUCUUCAAAUAAAUUACAAGAUAAUAUGUCAAUAGUCAAAGAUAUUUCGGAAAUAGAAAAUGUUCAAGAUACGUUUUCUGACUCAGAUAUCAGUUCUCAAAGUGAACAGUCUUAUUUUUCAAGAAUUUCAGAAAUUAAUGAAGAAUUGUUCACUAUAAAUCAAUUAGAUGAACUUGAACUUAUGUCAGAAGCUGGUACAAAAAACGCACCCAGAAUUAGCUCGCAAAAUAUAUCAGUGUGUAAUUCUGAUGAUCAUGAUAGUUUUGCUAGUAUGGAGGAUGAUAUAGAUUUAUCAGACAUAUCUCUUAUUUAUUCCUGACAUAUUAAUUAAACCUUCAGAAAUAUGAACCUUUUUUAUUUUCAUAUAUUUUGUUUGCAUUACUUCAGGUAUCUUUAAAUACAUG